ACAGAAGAGCGGUAAGCAAGCAGGAGAAGGUUCAGCUGUAAAACGGUGUGUGCUAGCCACUGAGAGAGGACCGAGAGAGCCCUUCUCUAUCAAUCUCUUUCUCUCUCCAUCUCUCUCUGUCACUGUUUUCUUAUUUUAUUGGCCAUUUGUCAUAUUCACCGCAAAAUUCUUCUGCCUCCAAUAAAUUCCAAAUUUUCCUCCAACAAAUAAAAAACUAAAAUUACCGAAAUAUACAGCGUAUACAUAUUCCAUAAUAGAUAGAUAUAGAUAGAUAAAUAAACUGGUAGAGAUUAAAUAGCUCCUUCCUCUUCCUCUUCAUCUUCGUCUUUCGCCAGAAUCACCGCCACCACCUUCGUCAAUCAUCAUCAGCCUCAAUUCCUCAAGCUCAACCCCAAAGCCGUUUCCUUUCUUCCAUAUCAAUCUCUAUCUGCCUCUGUCUCUGUUUCUGUCUCAUUCCCAAUUGUUCAUUUCUAGGGUUCUAAAUCUGAGAGAUCAGAGCCAAGGUGGAUCGCAUCCCAAAGUCUCUUCCUUUUCCUUAAAUUUCAUAAAGGGUAGCUAUGGACGGUGAUUCCUGGAGCGCUCGUCUUUCCACUGCCUCUAGGCGUUAUCAAAACGCUCUUCAAUCUCGAUCUGAUAUGUUCAUGGGGUUUGAAGAAUUUGAUGGGGAUGAUGAUAUAAGGGAGGAGUUUCCAUGCCCGUUCUGCUCCGAGUAUUUUGAUAUUGUAGGAUUGUGCUGCCACAUUGAUGAAGAACACCCAGUGGAGGCCAAGAAUGGGGUGUGCCCAGUUUGUGCAAUGAGGGUGGGAGUUGAUAUGGUUGCGCACAUUACGCUACAACAUGGAAGCAUGUUCAAAAUGCAGCGCAAGAGGAAGACCCGAAAUGGUGGAGCUCAUUCAACUCUAUCUUUGUUGAGGAAAGAGCUGCGGGAAGGCAAUUUGCAAUCUCUUUUCGGGGGAUCUUCCUGUAUACUUUCCUCAUCCAAUGCAGCGCCUGAUCCAUUGUUGUCAUCAUUUAUUUUGCCUAUGGCGGAUGAUUUCGUCAGUGUUCAGCCUCACUUCUCAAUUGAAACGAGCUCAGCCAAGAAAAGCAUAGAUGAGAGAUUGUCAGAACGAAAUGUGCCGUCACCUCCUUUGUCGAUCAAAGAUAAGGAAGAGAAGACAAAAAGAUGUGCGUUUGUUCAGGGGAUGUUGUUGUCCACCAUUCUUGAUGAUGGUUUAUGAAGUUUCCAUUAGGCUGCUGCAGGAGUGAAGUUUUCACAACCAAGAGAGAGCCCCUGCACCUGCAUUCCGUGGUUGGUUUGUAGCGAGUAUGCAAAUGUACUGAACACAAAGAGUGUAUGGAAUGAAUAAGUUGUAGGAUCGAGUGUAAUUAUCUGGCAUGUGAACUUUAGUUUAUAGGCCUGAACAAACUUUCGUAUCAUCUGUUAUUUUCAGGUCGUUAUUUAGUUUAAAGGAAAAAAAAAGAAAAAAAAAAAAGAAAAUAUUUUCAUUCA